AUGUUGCCACUGUUGGUAGCCGGGUGUCUUACGCAUAUUGCAAGAGCGCAACUGAGGGGAUCUACUACCGCACCCGUCACGGGAUCAGGAACAGAAAGCCCGACACCUACACUCGCUUCCUCUGUCAAUUACGCACCGAGUGUGACUCCAAAUGUCGAUGAUCCCACAGCACCCGAUGCACAAGAGGUUUGCCCUGGCUACGUGGCAUCAAAUUUCGUCGAGCACGAUGCGGGGUUUACGGCAGACUUGACACUCGCUGGCCCAGCGUGCAAUGUUUACGGUACAGACAUCGAGGACCUUGUUGUUGAUGUGCAAUACCAAAAUGCCACCCGUAUGAACGUUAGAAUUUAUCCCAAGUAUCUUGUGCCAGAGAACUACACUCAGUACAUUCUCCCCGACUUCCUUAGCCCUGUCGGCGUUAUUGAGCCUGGCUCAACCAAGGAGAGCAGCGAUCUGGUCUUGGAAUGGAGCAACGAGCCAUCGUUUCAGUUCAAGGUGUCCCGUCGGCUCGGCGGAGCCCCCAUUUUUGACACUUAUGGAACUGUUAUUGUGUACGAGAACCAGUUCUUGGAGAUUGCCACUUCUAUGGUCCCCGACUACAAUGUCUACGGCUUGCCAGAAAGCAUACGUGAUUUCCGCAUUGGGACGAACUACACUCAAACGUUCUGGAACCAAUACCCAGUAAUGAACGACAACCCCCUGGAUACGAAUAUGCAUAGUGUUCAUCCGGUAUACGUAGAGACACGAUACGGGAAUGAAACCUCUAAAUCGCAUGUUGUUUAUGGCAGGAACCUCCAUGGGCAGGAGUGGCUGAUGAGACCUGACAAUAUCACCUACCGUACAAUCGGUGGGAGCUUCGACUUCUACUUUUUCAGCGGUCCUACAGUCAAUGAGGCACUGGCUCAGCAGCAGCUUGGUGUCAUCAAGACACCAGUGAUGCAGCCAUACUGGGCUCUUGGCUUCCACCAGGUCCGCUGGGGUUACCAGAACUGGAGCGUGCUUCAGGACGUCAUCGACAACUAUGCCGCGGCCAAUAUUCAACUUGAGGCUAUUUGGAAUGAUCUAGACUAUCUACUGCAGUACCGAGAUUUCACCAAUGACCCCAACACGUAUCCUAUCCCUGAAGGACGAGAGUUCUUGGCAAGGCUCCACGCCAAUGGACAGUACUGGAUGCCGAUUGUGGAUCCUAACAUUUAUGCCCCGGAUCCGACAAAUGCCACAGAUGCCUACGCACCGUACGAGCGAGGCGCUGCUCUUCAAGCGUUCAUCCGCGACGGCGUUGAUGGUUUUUACUAUGGCGACCAGUGGCCGGGGUACAGCGUAUGGCCUGACUUUCUCAUCCCUGAAGGGGAGGAGUUCUGGGUCAAUGAGUUUAUACUCUGGCGUGAGCAACUCCAGUAUGACGGGUGCUGGCUUGAUCUCUCAGAUCUAUCGUCGUGGUGUACUGGCUCAUGUGGGACUGGAAAUCUGGAGCUGAACCCUGUACAUGUUCCCUUUGGACUACCUGGAGAACCAGGACAGACGAGCUACGAAUAUCCGGAAGCAUUCAACAUCACUAACUCGACUGAGGCAGCCUCAGCUAGUGCAGCCGCCGUAUCGCAAUCAGCUGCAUAUCCCACCCAUUCGGAUGUGAGUACCCCUACUCUGGGCUUCACCGAACCGAUUCCUGGGGUCAGAGAUAUCACUUUCCCGCCUUAUGCAUUGAAUAACACACUGCCGGGGCAUUCCUUGGAAAAGUCCGCUGUUGCUCCGUAUGCAACCCACAGCGAUGAGUUCAAUACUACUGAGUACGAAAUGCACAAUCUGUUCGGCAUUCAGAGUUCCAAUGCGACAUACAAUGCUCUUGUGGCAGCCAUCCCAGGCAAGAGACCUUUCCUGAUCUCAAGAUCUACAUCGCCUGGGAGUGGAAACCUCACUGGACACUGGGGUGGUGACUCCAACUCCAAAUGGGGUAAUAUGUACUAUACAAUUGCUCAGGCCUUGACAUUCAGUAUCGCUGGUAUCCCAUAUUUUGGUGUUGAGACAUGUGGUUUCAAUGGAAACACGGACAUGGAGCUUUGCACUCGAUGGAUGGAGGUAAGCGCAUUCUUCCCACUAUACCGAAACCACAAUUCUCGUCCUGGAAACACCAUUGCGCAGGAAGCAUACCGGUGGGCAACAACUGCAGAGGGAACUCGUCGAGCCAUGGACGCACGUUUCAAACUUUUGGCUUACCACUACACGCUCUUCUGGAAAGCACAUACAUGCGGUGCUACGGUAAUGCGCGCCCUUCAAUGGGAAUUCCCCAACGAGGAAAGUUUGAAGGCUGUCGAUAAUCAAUUCAUGCUUGGCCCGAGCAUUUUGAUCACCCCGGUUCUCGAGCCUCUGGUGACGAGCGUUAGAGGAGUUUUCCCAGGAAUCGCGGACGGCACGCGGUGGUAUGAUUGGUAUAAUUAUACCGAGGUACACGCUCAACCUGGUGAGAACAAGACGAUUGAAGCGCCGCUUGUGCACAUUCCAGUCUUCAUUCGAGGGGGUAGUAUCAUUCCAUCACAGAAACCAGGGAAUACCACCAAAAUGACCCGAAUGAAUCCCUGGACUAUCAUUGUUGCUCUAGACAUCCAAAACGAAGGAGUUGGCAGCCUCUAUUUGGAUGACGGCCUUAGCUUGGUCCAAGAUGCUACCAAGGAGAUCGAGCUAUCAUUCUCUAAUGCAACACUGCGAGCGAUUGUGACUGGAGACUAUGAAGACAAUAACCCUCUGGCGAAUAUCACUAUCGCUGGGUGGCAGGGACAGGUUGAUACUGUCUCGUUAACCAUCGACGGGAAAGAGAAAAAUACUAGUGGUGUCACGAUUAGGACGGACGGCAGCACCUUGUACGUAGAGAACCUACAAGAAGCAACUGAAGGAGGUGUCUGGACGGGCGACCUGGUUGCCAAAUUCACCAGGUCAUCAUGGGGACAGCACGGUCAUGGGUUACACUCUCCACAUGGUCACAGUAAUCAGCAUGGUACCCCGGAGCCUGGGGACUGGGAACCACUGGGCUCGAAGCCUGUCAAUCCACGCCGUUAG